GAGAGGGAGCAGAUUAUGACCACCAACUGCUGGCUCAAUCAGGUGUGGAAUGACUACCGAUUGAUGUGGGACCCAGAGGAGUACGAAGGGGUCAGAAAAGUCAGGCUUCCGUCUCAGCACAUAUGGCUGCCAGACAUCGUUCUUUACAAUAAUGCUGAUGGGACAUACGAGGUGUCUUUCUACUGCAACGCUGUUGUGUCCAGCAAUGGCGAGGUUUCAUGGUUGCCUCCAGCAAUCUAUAAGAGUGCCUGUAAAAUCGAGGUGCGGGACUUCCCUUUCGACCAGCAGAACUGUACGCUCAAGUUCCGCUCGUGGACUUACGACCACACCGAGAUCGAUCUGAUCUUGCUGUCAGACUUUGCCAGUCGUGAUGACUUUAAGCCUAGUGGCGAGUGGGACAUCAUAUCCCUUCCAGGCCGAAAGAACGAAGACCCCAGCGAUGCCACCUAUGUGGACAUCACAUAUGACUUCAUCAUUAGGCGUAAGCCGCUGUUCUACACCAUCAACCUCAUCAUCCCUUGCGUUCUUAUCACAUCUUUGGCCAUACUGGUCUUCUACCUGCCUUCCGACUGUGGUGAAAAGAUGACGCUUUGUAUCUCUGUCCUUCUGGCCCUCACCGUCUUCCUGCUGCUCAUCUCCAAAAUCGUGCCACCAACAUCCCUGGCUGUUCCCCUUAUUGGCAAGUACCUGAUGUUCACAAUGGUCCUGGUGACCUUCUCAAUUGUCACAAGUGUUUGUGUCCUGAACGUUCACCACCGUUCUCCGAGCACACACACCAUGCCCCCAUGGGUCAAGCGCCUCUUCCUGCACCGCCUGCCUGCCUUCCUGUUCAUGCGAAGGCCAGGGACGUCUAACAUCCGGGAGAAGUUCCGGCGCAAGCACCAGCAACGGUCCUUUUCGGAGUUGCCUACUAAAGGAGAGCAGGAUGCCUCUGACUCCACAUUCUUCGUGAACGAGGACUCGGCCAAGCGUAUGGGCUGGAGGACCAACGAUCUGCCAGACAACGCGGAGCUCCGCAAGCGACUGGCGGUCAAGUGCUCAGUGGACAUGGAGGAGGCUGUGGAGGGUGUGAGAUACAUCGCUGACAAGAUGAAGAGUGAGGAUGAUGAUGAAGGGAUAAUUGAGGACUGGAAAUAUGUGGCCAUGGUAAUAGACCGGCUCUUCCUGUGGAUCUUUGUGUUGGUGUGUGUUGCUGGAACUGUUGGCCUGUUCAUGCAGCCUCUCUUCAAGAGCUACAACACUCCAAUGGUGGACAACACGGAGUGA